GCAGGACAGAGUAUGCCAUCUGCACCUUUCCACAGAAUUCUACGACCCCUUCUGCUCAUCACUUUUCUGCUGGGAUGCUUCGUGACUCUGUUUUUGAUGUACUUCAAACCAUCCACCAACUGGCUGACUGGUCCCAUAGAGUCCACAGCAUCCACAGACCGGGUCAAAAAUCUCUUCUCCACCAAGAGCGACAGGAACCUGACCACUGUGCUGAUCUGGCUCUGGCCCUUUGGACAGACCUACGACCUGAGCGUCUGCAGCUCUCUGUUCAACAUCGAGGGCUGCUUCAUCACAGCGGACAGGAACCUCUACAACAAGUCAGAUGGGGUCGUCAUCCAUCACAGGGACAUAUGUACCGACCUGUCCAACCUGCCCCCGCUCCAGCGACCAUCGUUCCAGAAGUGGAUAUGGAUGAACCUGGAGUCACCAUCCCACUCCUCCCAGCUGCCAGGGAUUGAGAACCUGUUCAACCUGACCCUCAACUACCGUCAGGAUGCUGACAUCGAAGUGCCUUACGGUUCCAUCGUGGCAGCGGAGGGCGAGGAAGACUUCGUUCCGCCCAGCAAAACCAAGCUCAUCUGUUGGAUUGUGAGCAACUGGAACCCGGACCACGUGCGAGUGAAAUACUACAAUGAGCUAUACAAACACAUCGAGGUUCAUGCGUACGGACAAGCCUUUGGGGAGUACAUUUCCGACCAAGACUACUUCCCCACCAUCGCGAGCUGUAAGUUCUACCUGGCAUUUGAGAACUCCAUUCACAAAGACUACAUCACUGAAAAACUGUACAACCCGCUAUCUGUAGGGACAGUGCCGGUGGUUCUCGGCCCGGCCAGGCAGAACUACGAGAACUUUGUCCAGGGGGACGCCUUCAUCCAUGUGGAUGACUUCACCUCGCCCAAGGAGCUGGCCGACUACCUGCUGCUCCUGGACAAAAACGAGGAACUGUACCUCAGGUACUUUGAAUGGCGGCGGCACUUCAAAGUGAAAAGGGCCUAUUUUUGGGCUGAGCACACAUGCCUGGCUUGUGAUUAUCUGCGGAGGCACAAGGAGUACAAGGCAUUCAAUAACCUUGACAAAUGGUACUGGGGUGGAUAG